CUAGUGGCAAAGCGAUUCUUCUUGUCGAGCGUUGCCGUAGACUUACGUAGCGACUUGAUCUAAUUCCGUCUCAAGAUUCCACCGUUUUCUUGCGAGUUGCACACGCAAAGCGAUGGAAGGUGCAAGUUGGACAGAGAUUGGCUUCGACACAUAGAACCACCUUACAAGGCCAAUCUGGAGCUUCUGAUUUUCUGCGUUUCAGUCCGGUCAUAUUUGUCAUGACAUUCUGGGAAGUAAAAGAUCGUGAGUUGGAUGCUUCCUUGAUCGAAUUGGCAUGGAGGAGAGAAGCCACUUUGAGUCAAUGCCCCUUGAACGUAGCAUGGGUUUGAUGCCUGGUGCAAUCAUAUAGUUGCAACUGUUGCAACUAUGCUGCCUAUUUUUUGAGCGGAAAGGUUUGCACCUGGAACCUCUUAUUGUUUCUUGCAUGGCCUUGCACGCACAGCAAUCGGAAGUCCAAACCUUGCGAUUCAACAAAGCAAUCAGCCGUUUUAGCAAGGCCAGCAAAUGGCAUUGCAGCUUGCAACUUUUUACAGAAAUGAAAUUGGCAAACUGUUUGCCAGACGUGAUCACAUACAGCAGCAUGAUGGAUGCUUGUGGCAAAGGGCAGAAAUGGCAGCAGGCCCUAUCACUUUUGAGCCAGAUGGACAUGGCAGUCGUGAGGCCAAACACAUACACGUACAGCUGUGCGAUUGCUGCUUGUGCCGAAGCUAGUGCUUGGAUUAUGGCGGAGGCCCUACUGAAGGAGUCAUUCAAGGAAUUUUCAAGCUGCUUCAGCCUGGGGAGCGCCAUCAGUGCGUGCCAUGGUGCGGGCUGGGAACGUGCUCAGGUCUUAUUGGAGUUUGGCAUAGUUUCCUCCAUCCAAGUGGAUACACCUUGUUUCAAUGGCGCACUGAGUGCAUGUCGCAGUCAGUGGCUUCAAGCGCUCGCCUGCUUGUCCUCCAUGAGGGAAGGCUUGGCUGUGCCCAACGUGGUGAGUUUCAGCAGCGCCAUCAGCAGUUUAAGAGAAGGGAAUAGCCUUGGGAGUGCUUGGCCCAAGUCCCUCAACCUCUUGGAGAAGAUGUCGAAGGGACUGGUGCCUCCAAACCUGCUCAGCUACAACGCAGCCAUAGACUCCUUUGCAAAAAGUUUGCAGUGGUUGUUUGCUCUGGAGCUCUUCAAGACCCUACCGCUGCAGAGCUUUGUCCCUGACAUUAUCAGCCAGAGCAGUGUGUUGGAUGCCUGUGAGUUUUUCUCCUGGAAUAAAGCUUUGGGCCUGUUUGGCCAGAUGGCUUCGACCAGACUCAAAGCGGACCUGGAAGCCCAAAGCACCGCCAUCAAUGCCUGUGCUACUGGUUCUCAGUGGCCGCUGGCCAUACAUUUGGCUGCGCUGCCUGCACCGCCGGCUGAUGUCAUUGCAGUGGCAGGUGCACUGAGUGCCUGCGAACAUGGAAGCUACUGGGCUGGAGCCAUCCACCUCUUGCGAUCUAUGCCCCAAAGUCGACUGCUGGCGGAUGAGGCUUGCAAUCAGAGUGUCACUCUGUCCUGUGGUCGAAGCCACUUCUGGAUGAGGUCUUUGCACGUCCUGGGACAUAUGCAAGACCCUGGUAGUGGCAUCAGCAAUGCUAUUUCUGCCUGUGAGAUAAAGGACGCACAAGGCAUCAUGCUUCUUCGCUUCCGCAAUGUGACGAGGGUCCGAACACCGCUGCAUGGUCAUCCCAAGCUGCAAACACGUUUUUGCAGCGGGCAGCCGAAGGUGGUGUCAAGAAGCCUGGCUGGCACCUUUGAUUUGCUUACCAUCAACGUCCGGCACUUGGUGAGCUCUAUCAAGCUCCGAGUCUUGGAGGUUGUCUACCCCAACACUUGGAGUGCGAGCGAAUUUCGCGAAGGAGUUGCUGCUGCAUUUCAGCACGUGAACAGCCUGCUGGAUGAAGGCGACUUCCUGAGCCUGCGACAGCUGUUGGAUGAAGGCCUGCUGGAGGAUCUCCAGAAAAGCCAUGAGGACUUGACAAAGGGCAUGGACUACGAAUUGAAGGAAGUCUAUCAGCUUGGUAUUUUUCACUCCAUGGCGAAGGUGGAUGACCAGGGCUGUGAAGCGGUUUUCGUGACGCCUUUGCUGCGGGUGACGGAGAAGUACACGCUGCAGAAGGAUCCAAAGGUUUGGUGGGAAGUCCGUCGACUCCACAAGUGGACUUUCAAGCGGCUUCUUCCCGAGGAUGGCGAAGAGGCAUCUGACUGGCAGAUUGUGGCGAUGGACAAGAAACGAUGGCGCCCUCCCAUGUUGAAAGAUGAGGAGUAGCCUCUAAUCUCAGCAAGAGGUCAAGCUUUCUUAGGAGUCCAACGAGACCAGGUCUGACAUUUCGGUGCUGCGUCCACACCGCGGGAAGGUGGCUGUUUUUGAGCUCUUUGCGCCGAUGCAGACCUGACAGUGGCAAGAGCUCUGAAUGUGAUAUCCACAGACAAACGUGGACCGAAAGGAGCCUUCCAAGCCCAUCGUAGCCGAAUCGUAGCACAUCUUGUCUUAGGGGAAUCUGGUGUUUGGAACACCAGCAAUUUGUUCAAAGCUGUCAAAGCUCAAUUCCAAUUCCAUAGGACUGGCUCAUGACUUGCCAGCGCUGACAGUCUGACAGUGUUCCUCCAAAGAAUGUCCUCGACUGAAAA